AUGCGUCCCGCGCAUCUUCGCCUCAAUAUCAAACGAGAACGUGAUGGUGUUCGCUCGAAGCUCAAGGUGAAACGAGCACAAACACCCUCUGAGCAAGAUUUCGAAUCAGAUGACGUGGAGAUCAUUGAAGAUGGUACACAAGCCACGCCGAAGCCUUCUGUCAAUGCACUAGGCAAGCGCCGCUGCCAGGGUACCCCCGAGAGCAGUCCAAUACAAAUCCUCCGACCUCCCUCCACUCGACCGCGUUUGGAACUUGAUUUCGAUGCCCUCCGUGCAACCUCAUUGUCUCCAACACCUCCACUGUCCCCAUCACCAGUGGACUCGGAAUUCUCAUCAGACUCAUUGAUUUCGGCAUAUUCUCGAUCCUCAAUGUCUUCUGUUGACUCCAUCGUUUCGAUGCCACGGCCAUCCGUCAUACCCGUCCAUGUUCCAACAUACAAAGGCAAGCAAGUCUGGCCAUAUAUCCUCCGCAAACACUAUCCCCAAGAUGAGCUCUUUAACCUCGUGUUCGGUGUUCCAUUCGUCCGCGCAACCUACCAUCAAAACCGCUCGGCCUGGGCCAACAGCGAGCGUGUUCCAUCUCUCGCAUCCAUCCUUCGUGGUCAUGAACGUGCUGGACGCACCUUGGAUGGCCUCUGGACGUGCUAUUUGGCUUCGCGCCGCCACGUGUUGGGCGAGAAGAGUAAGAAGAAGUCUAUUAGGUCCAAGUGA